AUGUUUCAGAAGGCAGGAUGUGGUACGACGCUGGCAGCGGCUACUACCUGGAAGGCGAGAACCCUCACCCUCGGUAACAACGCAACCCACUUGCGUGCCUUCCACACGAUUUGCAAUGACUGGAUUACGGCACCGGCUGGUAAAAAGAUCCAAAUUAAAGUGACAGCUGUGAAAGAUGUCAUCUGUUCUUACGGAUGCCCGUACAAGCGCAAUCGAACCGAAGAUCAUGACAGAUAA